CAUACCAAUGCACACAUUUCAACUCUCACUGUCUUUCAUAACAAAAUCAUUAUUACCAACAUCUAGCUUAUCAUUCUCUCUAGUCUCUAAUGGCAUCGCUUCACUGUUCAUCUUAUUUUCUGGGCACAAAUCUUACAAAACAAAACUCCAUUGCGAUCUUCCAAAGCUACUCUCCAACCUCAUUCACCAAGCUUGCCUCUCGUGUCUCUCACCAGAGGUCCCUACUCUGCUCGCUGGCCAUGAACGGGUGUGAGGCUGACCAUAAAGAGCCACUUCGCACGGUAGAGACAAGAACUCUAUCCACGGUUACGUCACCGGCUAUUGCGACGGAGAAGCUGAUAACCGCCGUCUCUAACCUUAAAACCGAACCGCCUUCGUUCUCAUCCGGUAUCAUCCGAUUACAGGUGCCCAUUGACCAGACAAUCGGUGCAAUAGAUUGGCUUCAUGCGCAAAAUGAUGCUCUUCCUCGCAGUUUCUUUUCAUGUCGUCGCAGCGACGCUGGCCGUCAAGAUCUUCUCCAAGACUUGGCGAGCGAGAAUGUGAAUGGAUCAUCUGAUCAUAAUCCGGUCAGUGUUGCUGGAAUCGGGUCUGCUGCAUUUUUCCGUGAUCUGAGCCCAUUCUCUCAUGAUCACUGGAGAUGUAUCCGAAGGUUUCUGUCUUCGACGUCUCCUUUGAUUCGUGCGUACGGUGGAUUUCGGUUUGAUGCUAGAGGAAAGAUCGCUGUCGAAUGGGAACAGUUUGGCUCCUUUUAUUUCACAGUGCCUCAGGUCGAGUUUGUUGAGUUUGGGGACAACUCAAUGCUGGCUGCAACUGUUGCUUGGGACGAGGAGAUCUCAUGGACGCUUGAAAAUGCUAUUGAAGCACUUCAGGAGACUAUGCUUCAGGUUUCUUCUGGAAUAAAGAGAGGAAAGAGAGAAUCUUUAGGAGUUUCUGUUGUUAGCAAGAACCAUGUUCCUAGUGAAGGAGCCUAUCACCCUGCUGUAACUAGUGCUCUGGAGAUUAUAAAGGCCGAAAAUUCACCCCUAAGCAAGGUUGUGCUUGCACGCAGCACUAGAAUCAUUACUGAUACCGAUAUUGAUCCUAUUGCUUGGUUAGCACGGUUGCAGCGUGAAGGACAAGACGCGUAUCAAUUCUGUCUUCAGCCACCAGGUGCACCAGCAUUCAUAGGAAACACGCCUGAGAGACUCUUCCACAGAAAACAUCUAGGUGUCUGCAGCGAGGCGUUGGCUGCAACCAGGCCUAGAGGUGAUUCAGCAGUUUCGGAUAUGGAAAUAGAGCGUGACUUACUAACGAGUCCUAAAGACGAUCUUGAGUUUUCCAUUGUGCGAGAGAAAAUAAGAGAACAACUAAAUGCUAUAUGUGACAGAGUAAUUGUGAGGCCCCCCAAAACAGUGAGAAAGCUUGCAAGAGUACAACACCUAUAUUCUCAGUUGGCAGGGCAGCUAAGAAGAGAAGAUGAUGAGUUUGACAUCUUAACUGCUUUGCAUCCAACGCCAGCUGUUUGCGGAUGUCCAGUAGAUGAAGCAAGGCUUUUGAUUAAGCAAAUUGAGUCAUUUGAUAGAGGAAUGUAUGCUGGACCUGUUGGAUAUUUUGGUGGUGGAGAGAGUGAAUUUUCUGUAGGCAUAAGAUCUGCUUUAGUCGAGAAGGGUCUUGGAGCAUUGAUCUAUGCAGGAACCGGAAUAGUUUCAGGAAGCGAUUCAUCCUCGGAGUGGAACGAGCUUGAUCUUAAGAUCUCUCAGUUCAUUAAAUCACUUGAACAUAAACCAGCUUUGCAGCCGAUCAACUAAAGAAAGACAACUGAGAUUGUUUCGUAAAUUAAGUUGCUAUAUUUAAAUUGCUUUGUAUCAUUCAUUGUGUGUCUGGUGCCAAUGUUGUAAACUAAAAGUAAAUCUAAUGAUGCUGCAUCAAAUUUAAAU